AUCUUGUAAGAUUAGCGAAGCAGCCUCAUGUUGGUGUGUGUUUACUGGUCUCAGAACACUUCCAGGAGCUAUCGGGCACACUGCACGUUCACAACUGGGAAAACUCGCACCAUGGUUCAUCCUCACUGCCACCAGAAAAUAGGAUCUUACCUCUUUGUAUUAAGCGCUGCUGCUGUCCUUAAAGCAAGAUCACUGAAUUUGGAAAACAACACAGCAGGAGGAUCAGAAUCGUUGAGCUGCUUCACUAAAACGCUGGAAGAGUUCUUCUGUUUCUGGGAUGAAUGGAAUGGCGGCAACAACAACAAAUACAGAUUGUCCUACCAGUACCUGUACCAAUCUUUCGGCAAUGUUUCUUGAUCCGACAGGGAUGAUGGGGAGAAGAAAGAAUGUCCACUAUCCAUGGAAAGGAUUGGCGACAACAUGAUCCGAUACAUCUGUACAUUUCCAAUGAUGGAUGUUUCUUUGUUUGCUCCACUGGAAAUUGAGGUGUCAUUAAAUUCAAGUGUGAUAACGAGCAGACAGGACAUCUACAUCAACAAGUUAGUUAUUUUAGAUCCACCAUCUAAUGUCACAGUACAGCGGACUGGGAAACCUGACCAGAUUCAUGUCAAGUGGUCAGCACCUCAGUUGAAGUACCUGGAAAACUCAUUAAUGUAUGAAGUCAACUUUUCUUCAGUUGGUUCCAAUGUACAAAAGGUGGAGACCAUCAAAAAGAAGACAGAAUGCAUCAUUACGAAGCUCAAAUCCCAGACUGAGUACCUUGUCAGUAUCCGUGCGAAGCCUGAUGGACUCUCCAUAGAUGGCUAUUGGACUGUAUGGUCCGAGCCUGUGUCUGUCAUUACAGAUUCAGACCUGGAUCCGUUGAUUCUAAGCUUAUCAUUGGUCCUUGUCAUGAUCAUUAUGUUGCUGUUUCUGACUCUCCUCAUGACCCACCGCAGAGUGAUAAAGGAAAAGAUUUGGCCUCUGGUGCCCUCCCCUGAGAACAUGUUCGAUGGAUUGUUCACUGUGUACAGGGGGAACUUCCAGGAAUGGUUGGGCCGAAGCAGUGUGCAAAUUUGGUGGAACCUGCAGUUCUUCAGCACCAACGAGCCAGCUAGUGCCCUGGAGAUCUUGUCCGAGGUAAAGACGUUUCCACCAGACUUGGUCAAAAUCAAACAUCAGGAAGUCUUCCUGGACGAGCAAAGCUUCCUGGUCCCUGGAUUUGACCCGCUUAAGCUGCAGCGAGAGACCCUGAUGGAUGAAGGCAAGUUGCCUGCCAGAGUGCAGGUACCGUCUGACAACAGGGAGGCCUAUGUUAUCUUGAAUCAGAAUUUUUUAUCAGGUAACACCUCUUUGUCUGAUGCAUGUAGUCUCACUCAGAACAGCAACGAUGUCUCGGACGAAGAGAUGCCUUUGCAAUUGUUGUUUGAGAGCUCUGGAAUGAGUUCUCAGGAGGAUAAGUCUUCCACCAGAGGGGAAGACUCUUUGCAGGAUGCCUCAAUAUCAUGUCAGUCCUCACUGUCUAGUGGGAUAGAGCAAGGAAGUCCAGUGACGCUAACAUGUUUUGACUAUGCCAAGUGUGACUCCGGCGGGCAGUUGCUUUACCUGAAUCCAUUAAGAGUCAAGCUGGAGAGAGACAGAUAUUAUCCUUACCUUCAGAUGUCAGACUCUGGGGUUUCUGCUGAUUUCAGCAUCACGGACUUCCAGUUGCGUAGGAACACAGUGGACACGGGCGCUUACACAAACCUUUACAGGAGGGAAGAUUUUCCAGAGUGCACACAUGCCUCAGGCUCAGAAUCAUUCACAAGUUCACUUACCUUCAAAGCUUUUGUGAGUGAAAAAGAGGUGAGCUGCAGCUAAACUCAUCUUGGUAGAGACUUGACGUAAUGUAUUCCAUCGCCUGCUUCAUUUGGGUGGAAGGAAUGAAGCAAGCAAAUCCAUUGACGUGCAGGGUUAAUAAUUUAUAAUGCCACACAAAUCUGUAGAUAAGCAAGCAGUAGGAUCUGGAUCAGGACCAAUGUCUGAACCCAAACAAAGCCCUGUUACUCAGCGCAAGAAGGUUUGAUGUCAAUGCAGCAACUUGAAGAUGGGUACUGAUUGCGAAGAGCCAGUUCUUUCAGAGAAAGAACGUCAGUCUUAUUCCAUGAGGAAUUUGAAGAUAUUCAAGAUUCGGGAUUGUGUACGCACACCCACGCACACCGCACCCACAUAUCACACCACACCCACAUAUCACAUCACACACCACACACACACACACACACACACACAUGUCACACCACACAAACACACACAUAUACACACAGGUGGGAUGAUGGCAGACAAAUAGGAAAGGUGAGAAAGUCAGCAAAUUGGGAACGUUCAGUUCAAAGAAGAAGCAACAGAACAUGGAUCCAUACACUAGCCACUUAUUGCUAGAAUGCCUAUCUGAUCUUUGUGGUGUGUGAAGGUGAAAGCCAGAUGGUUGAGACUCACUAUGACUAAGGUGAAGACUAGGAAAUUGAAGUUCAUCUUGUUUGGAUAUUUACCGUAGAGAUAAGUAAGGACUCCAACCCAUUAUGCCACAGUGAGGUGAGCUUAGAGAGUCAUAAUCUCUCUGCAUAUAAACAGAAUAAGCAGUUAUGACAAAAAUCUUACUUAAUAAUCAUAUGACAGACAAGAAAAGCCACCUGAUGCUUUACUGGGGUUCACCUAGUGCCUUAAGCCACACUGAUCGUGAAGACUCCCAAGUUUCAUUGCAGACUGUGCAACAUUAGUUGGCCUCUGUUGAAGUGAUGAUAAGGAGUGUCUAAUUAGCCUCAGGCUAACCUCAUGGUGCCUCUGAGUUAGAAAGUCAUAGGUUCAAGUCCCACAAAGACUUGAGCACAAAAUCCAGACUGACCUUCCAGUGCAGAUCUAAGCAACUUCUACUUUCUGGAUGAGACAUUGAAUUGAGACCCUUCCUACCCUCUCAUGUGGAUGUAAAAGACCCCAGUGCACUAUUUUGAAGAUGAGCAUGGGAGUUAUCCCCAGUGUCCUGACCAAUAUUUAUCCUUCAAUUAAUAUCACCAGGAUAGAUUAUCUGGUCCUUAUCAUAUUGCUGUUUGUGGGAACUUGCUGUGUGAAAAUUGAUUGACAUUACAAAAGUGACCACACUUCAAAAAGUACUUAAUUGUCUGUAAAGCAUUUUGGGACAUCCUGAGGACGUGAAAGUUACUAUAUAAAUGCAAGUCUUUCUUUCGGUGAUCCUGGACUAGGGAGGCGAAAAUGGUUUUGCUCUCCAGACUUGAGUAAAUAUGCAAGGAUGUCAAGACUCUCACUCAACUGUGAUGAUUGCUGGCUUCAAAUGGGUGGUCACGACGCAAAAUAUGAAUAAGGACUAAUUCAGUGAGGUGCUGGAUGUCUGCAAAAAGUCAAUGCCUUCAGGAGAGGAAGGGAGGACUAAACAUUAGCAAGGAAAGGAACACCCCUUGAAUGGCAUGAGACAAAUGAAUUUUUGGAUAAACCGCACAGCUUAUCGUUCUUAAAAGUGUUGUCACAUCGAUGACUAGACAGUAUCAGUACCAGAGUCUGUGUUGGUGGAUAGAGAAGGGAGAAUGAAUGGUGUGUUCUUCAAAUCACAACACACCCAUAGGCUAGUUACAAAGAAUUUUGAGGGGCCUUUGCUGGGUAGGCCAUCCAAUAUGUUAUUUUUUUGCGUUGGAUGCUCACUGCAGUUGGGUGUUUUAUAUUGAUGCAGCGGGUACAGUGAAAUCUGUUCCCAGUUUUGACACUGAAGUAUUUUAAACUUACCAACGAUCACUGCUGCAGCAAAUUAAUGUGACUGGAACAUACAUCCCUCUCACUUUAAUUCCUGGAGAUUUAUCACCAAUGUGGCAGGGCUCCACCCUGGUGAAACCUCACCAUUCAAAACGAUACAAUUUUUAAGCUUGUCCCAUCCCAAGCACAGCAACCUUGCUUGAAAUAUUUCUCGUGUUCCACAGAGACUCACAGCAUUUUGUGUGCCCAGAACGAGGAAAACGGUAAAAACUGGGAAAUAAGAGCACUGGUCCGACCUGGUCUUGUAUACCUUAAAAUGGAACAC